AUGGCAAAUCACCAACAAGAAGUAGACCUGACAAGAAUACAUUACCGAUGUGUUGUAGAAAGUUUAAAAGCCCUACUUACAGAUCCUGAUGGCACAGUGAGGCAUAAAACAACAGAAGUACUAUAUAUACUAGCAGGUCACAAUAUUGGCAGAGAUGCAUUUCUUGAGUAUGGUAUUAUCUUACCCUUAUCAAAUCUAUUCGAUGACGACUCAGAUAUAGUGAGAAAGAAUUCACACAUGGCAAUUGAAAUGUGCUGUGAAACACCCAUGGGUGCUGGAGGUGUAGUGGAAGCAGGACUCAUUCCUAAAUUAGUUGACAAACUCAAAACAGAAGUAGAUGAAAUCAAAGAAUAUAUUUUAGACACAUUACAUUAUUGUAUGAGAGUAGAACAGAUACAGGCAUUGCAAUCAGGAGCCAUGGAGGUGUUCACUGAUCUACUCAAUCAUAGUAUGAAAAUUGUUAGAGCCAAGGCUGCCAGGGACAUCAUGGAUCUCAGUGUUCCUCUUGAUGGUAAAAAUAAAGCAUGUGAAGUCGAAGCCUUGGUUCCUUUGGUGAGACUUUUAAAAGAUGAUGAUGCGGAAGUGAGAUGUAAAUCAGCCGGUGCCUUAAUGACAAUUACGAUAACAACACAAGGUAAAUAUGAAGCUAUCAAAGCUUCUGCUAUUAGUAACUUGGUGGUUCUUGUGAAUGAUGAAAAUAGUGAAGUCAGACUCAAUGCACUAAAGGCCAUUACAACUUUAUCAGAAGCCCCAGAAGGUAGAGCUGCACUUUUAAAACAUGUUGAACUGGUACCACAGAUCCAGAAGCGAAUUCUUGAAGAUAAAAGUGAAGCAGUUCAAAGAGCUGCAGAAAUUGCUGUCAAAGUAAUAACCUGGAAACCAUAAAUCAGUGAUAAAUGUCUUGACUUUCUGUAAAAUAUUUCCAAUAACAAAUUAUAUAUACACUGUACAUUAUGGUCGUUUUGUUUUCACAAGAGACGAACUGCAUUUAGUUGAUUUAUUUGUUUUUAGUCAUUUUUCUUCAAUUCUUGUUUUUCAUCAUUUACCAGACCCCCUUCAUCAUAUCUAGUAAUAGCUAGCAAAUCCAUAUUGAGAUCUAUUUAACAGGAUAUUGUUUUUUCACGGUUCUAUUAUGUGAGAAACUACUGUAAUGGCAG